AUGCCAACGGCCAUAACCAAGGCAUUCUUCGUGAGCGCCCAAAAGGUCCGGCUAAGCCUGCUCCACCUCGAGUUGCACGGGCUUGUCUGGCUUGUGCAGACGCUAAGCUGCGAUAGUUCCAAUGUCCCGUCCACAUCAUUCACGCCGCAUGGUGACUCGGAUCCCAUGAUGCUAGAUCCUUUGGUUGUCGGUCAAUGGCAGAGAUACACAGAGGCACCUCCUAGUGUGAUGCUUGAUGCCGAUCAGCUGCCCACUACUCACACAUUUGAUCAUGGUAACCAAGGUCCCGGGGGUGACAUGCUAUCAUCUGCGAUGCCAGAACUCGAAGUUGGACCUUGCGGAUCACCCGCACGCCCAGAAGAAUCGGAGAGGAUGGAUGAACUACCCUUUGCCGAUUUCCUUCGACAGAUCAUGACACCUACGCCAUUCAAUGGCAGUCGGCACGUCGAUAUCAACCCCUUCCAGCCGCACUCCCGUGAUCUCUUGGACUUUAAUGGCGAUCAGUCUCUCGGGAUCGAUCUGAACGGCUUCGCUGCGAAUCUAUUCAUGCCUGACCAGCUAUUUCUAUCCUCCACGGCUAGAAUUGAUGGCGACGAACGUCCUCGUGCAACGGACGGUUACACCACCCCAGGAAAUAUCCUGCGAAAAAGUGUCCACGUUGGCCAGCAAGCUUUCAGAGACUCGAUAUGGUUAUGGACUCCUGCUCUGGGCGACCACGCCGGAACUGAAAAUGCGAAUCUGUCCCUGUCUUUUGACCACAAUCUUCUCAACGAUGAAGGACCCGAGACUGACCUCACUCAGGGGCAAUUGAGUCUACCCACGCGGGAUCGCAUCCUGUCAAUGGUACUUGGGACGUGCAAAGAUACGAGUCCAAGUCUCAUAGUGACAUGUUUUCCCUCACCAGAACUGCUGACGAAGCUGGUGAAUAUCUGCCUUUUCGAUCAUUUGCGUGGAGAUUCUCCAUGGAUCCAUCGCGCCACUUUAAAUGUCAAUGAGGAGGCGCCUGAAUUUCUAGCUGCUAUGGUUUCUACGGGCGCAACGAUCUGCGAGGCCUCGGAAAUCAGGAAGCUAGGCUUCGCGUUCCAAGAAGCUGUUCGAUUGGCACUGCCGGACAAGUUCGAGGCUGACAACAGAAACACGCGGGAGCUGAGGCUUCUGCAAGCAUACGCGAUGCACCUGGAUGUCUCUUUGUGGAGCGGGGACCGACGGAAGAUGGAGAUCGCGGAGAGCUUUGCUUUGCCGCUGAUAACCAUGAUGCGUAGAUCUGGUUCAUUUCGACGCAACCGGCAGUCCCAGAUUGUGCCGCGGCCUGAGGACGACGAAGCAGCGACAGAUGCCAAAUGGCGAAAGUGGGUGGAAGCGGAAUCCUUUAAACGACUCGCUCUCUAUCUGUUCUUGCGUGACACCCAGACGUCCAUGUCUCUCUUGGACCAGCCACUUAUCUCAUUCGCCGAGAUCACGCUAGACCUACCAUUCUCGAGGGAGUUGUGGAUGGCUGGGUCAAGCAGUGAGUGGAAGUCUGUGUACCUCACCACAGUGGGCGAAACACAAGAUCGCCACCCUACAUUCCGACACUGCCUCCACGACAUAGGCAGCAUUUUCAGACUCAAGCAUAUCGUUGACGUCCAGAUGACCCUGGCGGUCAUUCUUUCGUCAAUUUGGGCUCUCAUUUGGCAGUAUCGCAAGCUAAAAGAAGCUCUCACUCUGCACGACAAGAGGGUUCCACACAACAAUUCAUUGACAGUCAAUUCUCUCCAUCAGGAGUCAUUACAUUUGAUGCAGCAUGUUAGCCUUAACGCUACCGAAUGGCAGGUUGACAUGAAUGCUCCGGCCACGUUGCUGCGGCAACUUUGCUUGAUGCACCUGCAUGUGUCAUUGGAAGACGUACAACUUUUGGCGGGCAAGGAGGGUGAGGAAGAGGCGAGGAGAGUCUUUCCUCUGCUCAGCGAAUGGACCGACUCGGCCGAGUCGCGACAGGCCAUCUUCCAUGCAGGACAGGUUCUACGGGCAGCAAAGCAGUACUCCAAACGAACACUGCGCGAAGCUUCAGCCGUGGCGGUCUACCAGGCAAGCCUUGUGCUGUGGGCCUAUGCAAUUCCCUACAAGUCCGCAGUCCUACGCAAUACUGCUCAAGCAACAUGUCCACCUUCGCAAUCAGGCUCUUCUCAUGUUCAGAAUGGGCAGUCUGUCAGGCUCGACGCCGACGACGGACCUGAAGUCCAGAGAUUUCUGGUUCUCGGCAAAGGAAGUCCUUGCAUUCGCAGAUGGGUGGAGGGGGACGAAGCCGGUCCGGAUCAAGACGUGCCGUUGGCCGAUCCAGAUGCUGUGAUGAAUGCCAUCGCGGAGCUGCUGAGGAAGAAGAAUGGUGGCAACGAACGCAGCACUCUGCCACUGAUCGCGAACUUGAGCAAGUUGAUGAAGUCCUUAGGCACUGCUGCGGCAGCUGUAAGGAAAAAGUGA